AUGCCUACAUCAUCUAGUCUGAACAUCGGUGGACUGAGCGCCAUCAAGUCAAGUCUCAAAUACAUGACCGAGGAUGAAAACACGGCUAAAAAUGCAAAGAUUGAAAAUUGCAUCGGCUCUGUCAAAGUCCCUGUCGGUAUCGCCGGUCCUCUGGCCGUCAAGGGCUCCGAUGGAACGGAUGGUAUUUAUCAUGCCCCAUUGGCAACAGUCGAACCCACAUUAGUGGCAAGUUGCGCCCGCGGAUGCAAGGUCUUCAACUCCAGCGGUGGAGUUCAGUUUAAACUCCUCCGAGACAAUAUGACACGAGCUCCUGUCUUUUGGUUUUCCUGUCCAGAAGACGCCGCAGCAUUUUACGACGUCGUUCCUGGUCUCUUGUCUGAAUUUCGAGAAAUUGCAGAGUCUACCAGCAACUAUGCCCGGCUUGUGAGAAUCGACCCUCAAAUUAUUGGAAGCACUGUGCACAUUCUGUUUGAAUACUACACAGGAAAUGCUGCCGGGCAGAAUAUGGUCACAUUUGCGACGCAGAAGGUGUGUGAUCUCUUUGCAGAGUCAAAUACGGCCCUGGUGAUGAAAGUCAAAAACAUCACUGUUGAGGGACAGAGAGUCGCAGAGAAAAGCCUAUCUUGGGGAAAUAUACUACACUCGCGCGGUGUUGGUGUCAUGGCGUGGGGAACCGUCACCCAGCACGCUUGCCAAAGCAUUCUUGGCUGUUCUACUUGGGAUGCGUACCAAGUUAUACAGAAUACCAAAGAGGGAGGGACAAGAAAUGGGCAGAUUGGCUACAGCGCCAACCAAGCCAACGUUGUGGCAGCAAUGUUCAUUGCCUGCGGGCAAGAUGCUGCGAGUGUGUCUGAAUCAUCCUGGAGCCACCUGACUGCUGAAUUCGAUCGUGAAACCGAGGAAAUCACUCUCUCUACAUAUCUGCCGAGUCUCCCAGUUGGAACCGUUGUGGGUGGUUCUGCUUUGGAAACACAACGAGAAGCGUUGGAACUUCUGGGAUGUACCGGUCCAGGGUCCAAAGGUCGCCUGGCUGGCUUGAUUGCAUCCUUUGCCCUUGCUCUGGAUGUGAGUACAGUUGCAGCGAUAACUAACAAGACUUUUGCGGCUAGUCAUCGCAAAUUCGCAAGAUCUACUGGUGGCACACAAGCGAAGCUUUGA